AUGAAGGAGGAUUCCUCGCCAGACUCCUCAACCGACGCAAUUGCGGAGGCACGGCGACUUCCGUUGCCGUUGCCACCAUUAGAGGAAAAACCCGAUGCGCUUGUUCUUCAUCACGAGGCAUCAAAGUUGUCAAAUGAAAUUUAUUUUUCAGCGCCCGUAGCCCCGUUGGGGAUGGAUGAAACAGAAAAUACUUCCGUGAGUUUCUCUGGGAAGUUGGGCAUCAACAUGGCCGAGGCAAACUCGGAGAAGGCAAUGCACGACGAGGCCAAACUUUGGGGGGAUGACAAACCGUUGAAGUUGCCAGAGAUUUCGACAGCAACGGGAAAAAGCGAAGUUGAUUCUGACGCCGAAUUACCCUCCAGGCACCGCCCCAAGAGUUGGAAGGAGGAUGAAGUGACAACACAGGCUGCGUUGGCUUCACAACUCCAUAGGGCAACGUUCAUUCCGUUGGUAAACACACCCCAUCCUUUAGACACACACAGUAAGGCGUGUCAGAGUGGGAGGAAUGUUAGGCCUCGACCAGGUGUCUUGGACAUGUCGUUGUUGACGAUUGAUGAUCCCCACGAGGAGCCUUUGGGGUCCGAAACGGAGUUUUAUUCUGGUGCCACGUGGCUCGCCCUGACAAUAUUAGGAAUGAGUCCACUUCACCCUAAUACUUCGAUUGUACACCCUUUUGUACGAAUCUGGCUUGUGAAUGGGGUUACUGGGAGUAAUCUUGUCCAAAUUGGCGGUGGAGUGGCACCUUUUGUCUUAACGCACCCCAUUGAUCUUCGCCUUCGUGGCACGCGAGCACCAUGGUGGGGAGCUAGGUUUAAUUUGCGCGUGCAGUCGAAUAUUGUUCAUGAUGUUUCUUCUAACGCGGUGUUGCUUUUAGAGGUUUUGGAAAUGGGCACGGAAAACAUUUGUGGAUUUCCAUUACGACGCGAUGGCCUCUACCCGAUUUGUUGGGGUUUUUUGAGGCUGCAUGAUGCGCAUGGGCGAUUGAAUACGAGGAACCGGUUACACGUACAGAUGUUUCCAUUCCCUCAGCGUGCCUCAUAUCUUACGAAGUUGAUGCAGUUGUUCCCUUCAUUUUGCUUUCCAAGCUCCUUCUCGUUUUCGGCCGAUGCCAUACGGACGGUGGCAGCGGAUGGAUCACCCGCAUCGCCCAACUCGUAUCAUGGUGUGCCGGAUAAAACAGAAAAUUUUUCCUUUAAAACCAGCACCCCACCGGAUAUAUUUUUUGUGUACCGAGACCCACGCAACCGCAAAGUGCCGUACUCCGCUGGAAUGCUUAUUUCCUUGGAGGUCAAUAAGGAUGCCCACCAUCCAGGAGAAACAGCCAUUUUUCCGUACGAGGAAUAUUUACUGAAUCAAAUGUCUGUGCCUAAUGAAUUUCUACCCAAAAGUAUAGUUCAUAGUUUGUCGCCUUUCUCCCAUCCAAUGCGACGAGUGAGGGAUGUGUCGCUGAGUUUGGUAAAUACGGCUGCUCUUUUAAAAUCAUACCUUCGUGAGAAAGAAGAGCGUGUUUUGCCACCCAUUGACGUUUUGCAGCGGGUGCAACUUCGGGGUAGGGUUUCAUGUGUGGCCUUUUCAGGCGGUACCGUUUGGCUAGCAAUGGGAGUGACAGCAAGUAUGGAACACGUGGUUCAGUUGCGUCAUGUGUUGAUGCCAGAGAUUCCUGUUAUUCGUGAGUUUCGCGGCCAUGUUGGACACAUUCAUCAUUUAGUUUUUCGCAACGAUGACAAACUAUUGUUGUCUUGCUCCUCUGAUAAAACGGUGAGGGUGUGGCGUUGCGAUUUCCUAUCUUCCCCCAUGGAUGCAAGUAGAGACCUCCAGAGUAGUUGUAUUUGCACGCUUCCCCAUACAUUCCCGGUGUAUGAUGGAAUUUUCUACCAGAGUCAUAUUAUUACCUGCGGUUACGAUCCACAUCUAUUUCUCUGGAGAUACGAUAAAGAGCAUCCGUCAAGUUUGGAAGAAAUGAGGUUGGAUAGUAUGUUACUUCGGAGUACUUGCGACAGCCGAGGAAACUUUCUUGGAUCCUCUAUUUUUAUGACGGAUUUGGCGUUUUCCCCUGGAGGAGAAUCAUUUUUGGGGGAACUUUUGUGCAAGACCCCGUGUGAAGAGGAGGCUAUUAUAUACUCCGUUUGCGCCUCACAACUCCAUCGUGUUUGGUCUGUGGAUGCGUUCGGCAAUUUGUUGGUAUGGCGUGUCCUGUACGAGGAAGCAAAGGACGGUAAACGUAUUUGGAAGAUGUCUUUAAGACGUCGGUUUAAAUGUCAUGGGGCUACACGUGUUGAAUCUCAUGGGGGUCGUGUAUUAGUUAAGUGUGACAAAUUACCAGUGGCCUACCUGUUUGAUGAUUCCAGCCAACAGCUGCUGCACAAAAUUUCUUUUCAUCAAAGGCCGUAUGUUCCUGCAGUAACAUUGCUGCCAGACGGAGAGGCUGUUGUGGCGGGGACUAACAACGGCAGACUUUUAUGUUGGGAAUGCAGCUCUGGGAUACUUUGCACGCCAGGAAAUGGUUAUGGAAAGGCUCAAGUAAACUUUUCGAUAGGAUCCAUUGCGUGGUCGGGCGCCCAACAAUUGUGCGUUGUUCUUGGUACGGAGGUUGGCAUUGGGCACGUCAGUCAUGGCACAGAAACAACUAUGACAUUGGGCGCCGUCAUUGGUACACCGAGAACAAUGGAAAGUGUUAUUCUCUGCAAGGAUAGCUCUGCUUCAGAACUCUUUCGUGCUCGGUUUGCUGGAGAGUUGCCAACUCAACAGAGAAAUCGGGCCUUCUCAAGAAGUACUUCAGUCGCUGUUAAUUUUGCGACGGAUAGGAACACAAGAUUUUAUACUGUUAGUCGUGCACCCGAUAAAAAUGUGUCAGGGGAUAAGGAAACUCGCAUAAGGCAAAUCAUUUCUAUGUGGAGGGGUUUUGUUGGCCAACACAACCAUACCAAACAAGAAGCUGUGGGCGAGGCUCAGUCUGACCCCACAGCGGUAUACAUUAUAGAAGAUAAGUGA